AUGCGACCUCUCGUACAUGGCUUGAGAGUCUUGAGAUCGAGCCCUCGUAUUGCAGGCGCACUAUCCGGGUUGCAAAGGUACGCUAUUCGAGCCAGCAGGGUACGCUGGUUCUCGAAAGAAACUCCAAGAUGGCGCGCAGACACAUCUCAGAUCCAGCUCCGUCCAUAUCAAGAUGAUUGCAUCGAGUCGGUUCUUCAGUACCUGAAAAACGGAAGCAAACGUCUCGGGGUGUCUUUGGCGACAGGUUCAGGGAAGACGGUCGUCUUCAGUCACCUCAUCGACGCGGUGCCUCCGCCCAACCAAGAUGCCACCCAGACGCUCAUCUUGGCCCACCGCCGCGAGCUGAUUGAACAGGCGGCUCAGACAUGUCGAAACAUCUAUCCGGACAAGAUCGUCGAUGUCGAGAUGGCUGACAUGCACGCCACUGGACUCGCGGACAUCACAGUGGCCUCCGUACAGAGCAUCACCUCCGGCGAUCGGCUGUCUCGGUACGAUCCCCGCCGCUUCAAGCUCGUACUGGUCGAUGAGACGCAUCACAUCGUCGCCUCAACCUACCAUACAGUCUUGGAAUACUUCGGCCUGGCCACGAAGGAGGAUGCGGAACGAGGCGUCACUGCGUUGGUGGGUGUGUCGGCGACCUUCUCCCGCGCAGACGGGCUGAGUCUGGGGGCUGCGAUCGACCAUAUUGUCUACCACAUGGACUACAUCGACAUGAUUGAAGGAGACUGGCUGGCGCCCCUGCGUUUCACGACAGUCCAGUCUGGCGUCAACUUGUCGACAGUCAAGUCCACCGAGACUGGUGACUACCAGACGGGACAACUAGUAAAGGUGGUCAACACGCCUGAGAUCAACGAGAUCACUGUGCGGUCAUGGCUGGCCAUUGCAGAAGGUCGCAAGUCAACGCUCGCCUUCUGCGUCGACCUUAAUCAUGUAGCAGCACUCAGCAGUACAUUCCGAGCUCACGGAAUCGACGCACAAUACGUGACCGGCCUUACCCGGAAGAAACAACGAGCGGAGAUACUGGCAGCGUUCAAAGCUGGAGAGCUUCCUGUACUCAUCAAUUGCGGUCUCUACACAGAAGGCACGGAUAUACCGAAUAUUGACUGCGUUAUCCUCGCGCGGCCGACCAAGUCUCGCAAUCUGCUUAUCCAGAUGGUCGGACGAGGCUUGAGGAAGUCUCCCGGCAAGGAAGAUUGCCACAUCAUUGAUAUGGUCGCGAGUCUGGACAAGGGCAUUGUCACCACGCCGACACUGUUCGGGCUGGACCCGCACGAGAUCGUCGAAGAUGCAACAGCCUCUACGUUGAAAGAGUUGAAGAGCCGUCGAGAACGCGGACUCGAGAUGGAAGCGGCCGCGAAAGCUGCCUUCGAAAACGCAUCUGGCGGAUCGUCUUUCGAUGGCAACAUCACCUUCACGCACUUCGACGUCAACUCGCUCGUCGAGAGCACCUCAGGAGAACGACACAUCCGCGGCCUCUCUCGACUGGCAUGGGUGCAGGUGGACAGCUCCCGCUACAUCCUCUCCGACAAGACGGGCAGCUACCUCACGCUUUCCAAGCAGGAGGACGACUACGUCGUCAAGUUCACGCAAAUCCUUCGAGGCCAUGUGAAGGGCAAGUCGCCCUACAUGCGUCCUCGGGACAUCGUAUCAACUCCGACACUGGAACAUGCCAUCAACGCAGCAGACACAUAUGCCAAGAAGCACUUCCUCCGUGCGGUGAUCGCUCUUUCCGCUCCAUGGCGCGGGAUGGACGCGACGCCGCAGCAAAUUGUGCAUUUGAACAAGUUCCGCGCUGAGGAUAAGAAGCUGGAGCCGGGAUCGAUUACGAAAGGACGGGCUGCGGAUUGGAUUACCAAGCUGAAGCAUGGUGCCACGAAGGUGGCCAAACGGUUGCAAGCGGAGAAGGCGCAGGAGGAGAAGGAGGAGAAGAAGAGGAGUGGCAAGGCAGCGCCGGCUUGGUGGAAGAAUUAG